UAGCCAAAGAAGUGAAACUGUUAACAAGGUUACACAAUGGCUCAUCGCGUUUUGAGUUUUGACAAGAGGCUUUGUUGAUAAUUUGAGUGUCAUCAACUCACAAUAUUUUUGUUUUGUACUUCAACAACACACUUUGGAGGGGCAACUCCAUAACUCUGUACAAUGCGCACUCUAAGUCGAGUAUAUGGAAAUGAUUUGAAACGGACAUGCAUGGGCCAAAACCUGAAGUGGGGUCGUCCACUCUCAUUUUCCAUAGAGAGCUAUGUACGAGUAUAUGAUGUCUGACGUCUGUGCCUUAGAUGGUCGGUCGGAUAGAUAUACUCGUACCUAGGGAAAACUUAAAAUCGCUAGCUAUAAAAAGAUGCCCAAGUGGUAGCGAAAGACAUCAGUUUAGUUUGUGCUAUCGUUCGCUUUACACUUGGACUAACACAGAAUGAAGGUUUUUGUUUGUUUGCUGUCGAUUGCGGCGAUGGCUUCCGCUGGCUUCCUUGGAGGCGGUGGUGGUGGAUGGUCUGGCGGAGGCGGUCAUGGCGGUGGAUGGUCUAGUGGUGGAGGUGGUGGUCACGGAGGCGGUGGCGGUGGCCAAACUGUGAAGAUUGUCAAGGUUAUAAGUAGCGGAGGAGGUGGUGGAGGUGGAGGAGGCGGUCACGGAGGGUGGUCCGGUGGUGGAGGAGGUGGUGGUUGGUCCAGCGGUGGAGGCGGUGGUGGAUGGUCCAGCGGAGGAGGAGGUGGUCAUGGUGGAGGUGGAGAUGUCAAGGUCAUUAAAGUCAUCCACGGUGGAAGCUCCGGCGGACACGGUGGCGGCGGUGGUGGCGGAUGGUCCAGUGGUGGAGGUGGCGGUGGAUGGUCCAGCGGUGGAGGUGGUGGCCAUGGAGGUGGUUCUUCAGGAGGAAUCAAAAUCAUUAAGAUCAUCGAUGGAGGUAGCUCUGGCGGUGGUGGUGGUUGGUCUUCCGGUGGAGGCGGUGGUGGCUGGUCAUCCGGCGGUGGUGGCGGUGGCUGGUCUUCUGGUGGCGGUGGUGGUGGCUGGUAGAAAGCUUAUCCACUCUUCAGAAUGCUACUCAGACUUUGUAAAUAUGUAUGUGACCGUCCAAUUGUUCUCCCUUAUUCAUAAGGAAUGUGUAGACCCGAUCCAAUCAAAAAACAAUAGCUCUAAGAAAAUAAAACUAAAAAUUUUGUGAUAAAAUUAAAUCUUU